UAUUCUACAAGGAAAGAAGAGUAGGAUUGAAAGUAUGACAUUUUACAAGCUGAGACACAAAAAAGAGCUUAAUUUAAACUCUAUAAAGACCUCAGAAGUAAGUAGUAUGAACAGGAACAGGUUAACGAUGCGUGUGCCUGAUAAGAAGAAUUUGUACGGGCUGAGUGGGAAGCUGGGUGGCGGCAGAGAGAGUGGAGGGAGUAGUAAGAAUAAGGAUUUACUCAAUGUGUUGAAGGAAGAAACCUAAAGUCACUUUCAGAGAGGAUAUGUCGUUAGAAUGUCCCAUUCAAACAAAGACGCCGACUUUUGUGAAAAGACCAACGAAAAGAGAGGCCAAAAGUACUGAAAAGAGCUAUCAGAGGUCUAUAAAACCGUUGUUAAAUUACUCAAAAAUAAAUGUUUCAAAGGAUCCAGAUAUACAGCAGUCGUUAAAUGCUAGCAAACGUGCUUUCUCUUACUCAAAGAUUGCAGAUUUUGGAAAUUAUAAUAAAUUUCUGAAGAUGUACAAGAAUAAGCUUGAAGGCAAAAUGCUGGCCAGGAAGUCAAUGAUAGAUUCCUCAACAUUCACAAAAAUGCCAGCAAAGUUCAUCAAUCCUUAUAAAAACCCAAAUAGAAAGUUCAACCUCAAGAUGAUCGACUUGAAAAAAUUGAGAGAAAGAAGUAGUGAUAAACCUCACCAAACCAGCUUAAUUGUUCAGAACCAAAAUCAGUGAUUAGACCUGCAAGAUAGUGUUCAACACGAAGAACUUUUUAUAUCAGGGAAAAGGCCCAAAAGUCGAUUUAUCCCUCAGGGGAACUAUCAUACAUUAGACAAAGCAUUAUCUCUUUCCAAAACUGAAAGGAAAAUCCAACCACAUUCAACACCUCAUUCUAGCAAUAAGAAAUAUCCUAUGAUUCUACAUUAUCCACAACAGUUUGGGAAAUAAGGAAAAUGCUAGAAAUCCUAAGAAUCCUCAAAUUGCAAAUCAGAAUAUUUCUUUGAGAACAAAAACAAAUUUAUGCAACAUUUUUCUAAAGAAACAUAAGCUAAAGCUUCAAAAAUAAGUUAAAACAGAUUUCCACAAGCCAAGAAAAUCUUACCCAAACCAUCUACAAAUCCUACAACACAAACCCCUCCCUCCGCACCAAAACCAAGCAAUACAUCCUCUCCCAAUCCCCCAAGACCCCCAUCCCAAACCCCUAAUCUCCCUAAAUCUCCUCUAAAAUUCUCAA